GCCCUGCCGAUAAAUUGGUACGGACGGACUGCGGUCGGUGGUUGGUCACCGUCGUCAGCGGACGCCGUCGACUCGUCACCGCCACUGCCACCGCCGUCGUCAGCGUCGUCAGCGUCAGCCAUAUCGCCGAGCUACGGGCCGUCACCGUCGCAUCUGCAGCACCAGCAACAGACACCRGCGCCACCGCAGCAGUACCAACUGUACUCGGGUGAGAGCGACGCCACCACCGCGUCGUCGUCGGCCGGAGGCGUAGGAGGAGUCAAGCGCAAGUCCAACGGCACCGUGGGCCGGUACAAGUGCGCCGCAUGCUCAAAAACGUACUCGACCGUGUCAGGGCUGACCAAGCACCARCAAUACCACUGCGCGGACGACGAGGCGCAGUGCGCUGCGGCCAAGACGUUUCGGUGCAAGUACUGCGACAAGGCGUACAACACGCUCGGCGCGCUCAAGAUGCACAUCCGCACGCACACGCUGCCGUGCAUAUGCAAGCUGUGUGGCAAGGCGUUCAGCCGGCCGUGGCUGCUGCAGGGCCACAUCCGCACUCACACAGGCGAGAAGCCUUUCUCGUGCCAGCACUGCAACCGGGCGUUUGCAGACAGGUCCAACUUGCGCGCCCACCUGCAGACCCACUCGGAUGUGAAGAAGUACUCGUGCCCGACGUGCAGCAAGACGUUCAGCCGCAUGUCGCUGCUCACCAAGCACUGUGACACCGGAUGUCCGCGGCUGUUGCCCCACCACCAGCAGCAACAGCAGCAACAGCAACAGCAGCAGCAGCAACAGCAACAGCAGCAACAGACGGUUUAGACCGUGACUGCAGGACCGACCUAUAUGGUGCGCGUCAUUACUGCAUACAUUAUAUAUGUUAAAUUAUUAUUAAACAUAUAUUUAUAUAAUCAUUAUUAUUAUUAUCAUAUUCGUUUAUGGUUAUUAUUAUUUUUAUUAUUAUUACCAAUUAUUAUUAUUAUUAUUAUUGUCAGCGCAGGUGUGAUUGUGUCGAAUUCCUAUAUAUUAUUAUGUAAUUUAUUUUAUUAAAAAACCCAAAAAAUUAUCGGUAAAAAAAGAUUCUUAAGAAAAGCGCAUUUAAAUCUUUGCCGAUAUAUUAUGCCACGCCUGUGCAGUCCGACAUAUUAUUAUAUAAAAUGUUUUAUCUACUAUUAAACGUACGCGCUAGUCACUUUACUAUCAUCUAUAUAAUAAUAACCGCACUGUGUUAGAUAUUAAGUUCAUUUUUUCUCCCUUAUUAUUAUUAUUUCAUUAUUAUUAUUAUUAUUAUUUUGUUUAACGGGUACGUAUAUGUGCAAACGGUGACGAUUAYUUUGUUAUAUUAUGCGCAGUARGUGACAUAUAAUAAUCUUAAUAGAUUAUUAUGAAAAUCCAAAGUCCUUUCGCCGUGCCCAGAGGUGCCUUAUUAUAUCAUAUUAUUAUUGUAAAACCUUAUUUUGCUUUGGAUGCAUGAACGCUAUUACGACGAUAAUUUCACGCUUACAUGAUAAUACACAAUAUCGCUAUUAUAAUAUAUAUAAAUAUAUCAUGUAAAACUGAACUUUAUUAUUAAAUGUAUAUUAAAAUGUUCUUAUUACUUAUCAUUGAAAUAUACAUUAUAUAAUAAUAUAUGGACUGAUAUGGUGUACAAUGUUUAAGUCGCCAUAAUGUUUAACUAGUCGUUCGCCCGUCGUUGUAUACAAUAUUAACCAAUAAGUCGCAAAUGAUCAAGCGCAGUUAUAACGAMGACGUAAUAAUUAUAUAAUAAUAAUAUAACAGUCAUUAUAUAUCUCAUAUUGUAUCAUAAAUAAUAUUAUGUUUGAUUUGUAUCAUUACUAUUAUUAUUUUUUUUUUUAUAUAUAUACCUAUUUUUCUGUAUUAUUUAACCAACAUUGGUCAACCAUGUUUAUAUUUCAUUU